AUGGAUCAGAUAAUACUUGUGGAUGGUAGUGCCGUGGGUUUGGGUGGUUCUGCCCCCAUUCCUACUGGUGAUCAACUAUGCUCAAUUGUUAGCUCUUGGAACCAGCCUUUGUACUCUCCUUAUGAAAACUCAUUAAACCCGUGUUUUAUUUCAUUCGUGUUUGGUGCUCUUAACUUGUUUUUCAUAUUUCCAUUGACUAUCCAGAUUAUCAACUUUUUGUUCUUCAACACCUUCGGUCCUUACAAUAUUAAAUAUUCCUUUGGUUCAAUAUUUAAAGUGAAAAGUGUCGGUAUCUUCACCUUGAUCAGAUUCAAUUCAGUAUUUAUCCAAUGUUUAUUGUCACUUGUGUUAUUGAGCUUCAAAUUCGUGUCCUUUCUGGACUUGAAGUCAUCUGCUCUUAUUCUUAAUGUCGUGACUUUGGUUGUCUUUGUGUUACCUUUACAUUUAAUUGAACCUACAAGAUGUGUUAUUCCUGCUACAUCCUUAUUAUUUUACUGGUUCAGUUCAUCGGUUAUCAAUUUUGUCAUUUCACUUCAAGACUUGUUUUCUGAACAUAAAGUUUACAUCCCUGAUGGUGAUAUUUCAAUACAGUCAGCUAUUAGAACCGUUGAAAUUUUGUUGUUGCUCAACUCUGUUGGAAUUUUCAUCCUCGAAUUAUUCUUUUAUCAGCCUUCCGUUGAAUUGAUUGAGUAUUAUGACUUGAAUGAGUGGAAUUAUGGAAGAGUCAGAAACAUCUUCAAUAGAGUUUUCUUCAAGUUCAUGAAAGACACAAUCGAUAUUGCUGGUAAAACUAAUCACGUUGAUGUCACCAACUUACCUUCCAUUAUCAUUGAUCUUGAUAAUGAAGUCGCCUAUAAGAAGUUUUUGGGUGCUUGGAAUAAGUCUGUUUCUAAAACUGAAGCUAUUAAUGCCAAAAAUUUAGAAAAGUCGAAGAAGACUGGCAAACCAUUCGUGAAAAAGACACCUUCUUUGUUUUGGCCGUUACUUUCAAUCACUAAAGGGCUCUUUUUCAGGGCUUUGUUCUUUGACUACAUGGAAUUUUUUGCUCAAAUCUGUCAACCUUACUUAUAUUUCCUGAAAUCGUUAGGUACCAAUGAUGUAACCCCUGAACCUUUAAUUGUCGGCUUUGGAGUUGCCACUUGUCUCUACCUUGCCGCAGUCACAAGAUAUAUGACAUUCAACAGAAAGUUUGUUAAUAUUCAGGGUUUGGGAAAUGUUGUCGAAACCGCUUUGUCUUCUCACAUUUAUUAUAAGGGUAUGAAACUUUCACCAAAAGAAAGAAGAAAUAAGACUGUUGGUGAAAUUGUCAACAAUAUGGCACAAGAUAUCUCCACUGUUGAUUAUGCACCCGAAGUUGUUAUUGAUGUCGUUUCUCAACCCUUCAGAUUGGUUAUGUAUAUUUACACUUUGUACAAUUUCCUUGGUGCUUCUGCUCUUGCUGGUUUGUCCACUGCUCUUGUUUUGAUUCCAAUUGCUAGUACUUGCUACAAAUUCGUUUACAAAGAGAUGAACCUUGAAAUGAAGUAUAAAGAUGAAAGAGCUAAGUUGAUGGGUGAAAUCUUAAACUCCAUUAAAAGUAUUAAGUUGUACUCCUGGGAGAAUCCUAUGUUGGAAAGAUUAUUUGAGAUUAGAAAUAAUAAGGAGCUUAAAGUCUUAAGAAAAGUUGGUAUUCUUUCUACCGCUAUAGAUUUUCUUUGGAAUUCUAUUCCAUAUGGUAUUGCUGUUUCCACAUUCACUGCUGCUGCUGUCUUUGCUGGUACUGAAUUGACACCUGAAGUGAUUUUUCCAUCUUUAACGCUUUUUGACUUGUUGACUGGUCCUAUUUUGGCUUUACCAGGUAUUUUCUCCAACAUUGCUGAAUCAAAGGUCUCUCUUGCCAGAUUGAUCAAGUUUUUCACAAUGGAAGAAUUGGAAGUUGAUGCUUUAGAGAGGUCUUAUAUACCUUUGAGAAAAGGCGAAGAAGCGGUGACAAUCAAGAAUGCUAAUUUCGUUUGGACUAUAGAUAAUGUGGAAGAAAAGUCAGCUAAGGAUUUAGCUAAAGACAGUGCUAGAAUAGAUGAAGAGGCCGACAUUGAUGCCCCCUCUGAAGUCAACACAGUAGCUUUGACUGAUAUUAACUUCACUGCUAAAAAGGGCGAAUUGACAUGUGUUGUUGGAAGAGUCGGUAGUGGGAAAUCCACAUUGUUGAAAGCCAUCUUGGGAUGUAUUCCUGUUGAUACUACUAUUAAUACACCUACCCUCAAAGUGAAUGGAUCAAUUGCCUAUUGUGCCCAAAGUGCUUGGAUUUUGAAUUCCUCUGUCAGGGAAAAUAUUUUGUUCGGCAGAAAGUAUGACAAGGAGUUUUAUCAGGCUACCGUUCAAGCUUGUGAGCUUUCUAAGGAUUUCGAGAUGUUGCCUGAUGGUGAUAGAACUAUUGUUGGUGAAAAGGGUAUUUCUCUUUCUGGUGGUCAAAAAGCUAGAAUUUCUUUAGCCAGAGCCGUCUAUUCAAAAGCUGAAAUUUACAUCCUUGACGAUGUCUUGUCGGCUGUUGAUACUCAUGUUGGUAAAAAUAUUAUCAAGAACGUUCUUGGUAAAGAUGGUUUAUUGGCUUCCAAAACUACUAUUUUGGCUACCAACUCUGUGCCUGUUUUACAUCAAGCUGCUAGUAUUAUACUUUUAGCAGAAGGUAAAAUUAUUGAAAGAGGUACUUUCACAGAAGUUAUGUCUACUGAAUCUAGUUUGGCUAAGUUGAUCAAUGAAUUUGGUAAAUUUGAAGAGGAAGAGGAAGCUAAUGAAGAAACUGCGGAGAUUGAGUCUACUAAGGUUGUGGUUUCUGGUAAUGUCUCUUCUUCUGAAGAUGAGCAUAAUCCCCAACAAUACCAACCAAUCAUACUGGAGGGAGAGGAUUUAUCUUUGGCAAGGGUCGUUACCAAUGCUACUGUUGCUGCAAGUUUUGUUUCUUUUGGUCAUGCUUACGAUCAGGACUUUGAUGAUGACGUUGAUAAAGUCACAAGAACUGGUGACAGUGAAGAAAUUAAAACAAAGGGUAAAGUCAAUUUGAUGAUUUACAACAAGUAUAUUCAAGCCUGUGGUUACUUCUCUGUUGUAGUUUACUUGGCAUUGGUUGUCUUGAGUACUGCAUUAGCCCUUUCAAACACUUAUGUCUUGAAGUACUGGUCUGAACAAAACGUAAAAUAUGGCCACAACGUUGAUAUUGCGUUUUAUUUGACAUUGUAUGCUGCUAUUGGAAUUAUCUCUUUGUUGUUUACGUUGGUGGCCUCAUUCAUUAUCUAUGCUGUUAUUAUUAUCAAUGGUAGUAGGUAUUUCCACGAUACAAUGGCUAAGAGUGUCUUGAGAUCUCCAAUGUCAUUUUUUGAAACUACACCAAUCGGUAGAAUCUUGAAUAGAUUUACCGAAGAUAUUAAUGUAAUCGACAAUCAGUUGAUUUGGGCUCUUACAUUAUUUGCCAAUUACGGUUUCAGGGCUGUAAGUGUGUUUGCUGUGGUUAUCUUGAACUUACCAAUCAUGUUCUUUGUUUUAGUUUUCCUUUUGUUCUUCUACGAUUCGUUUAGAAGAUUAUUUAUUCCCGCCUCCAGAGAGUUAAAGAGAUUAAGAAGUGCUACCAAGAGUCCUGUUUUCUCCCAUUUACAAGAAUCUAUUACUGGCGUGGAUACUAUCUUUGCUUACAACCAAGUUGAUAGAUUCACUCACAAGGCCCUGGAUAAUAUGAACACUUCCAUCAAAGUUUCCCAAGCCAAUAUCCAUGUUAAUCGUUGGUUGUCAAUGAGAUUGCAAGGGUUAUCUGCUGUUGUUGUGUACUGUUCCACCUUAUUGAUUUUAGCAUCUGUUAAUUCUAAAAACCCAUUGGGUCCUGGUUUAGUUGGUUUCAUUAUGACUUAUGUUUUGGAUGUCACUUCAACCUUGAAUGCUAUUGUCAGAUCUUACGCAGACAUUGAAACCAGAUCUAUCACCAUUGAAAGAUUAUGGGAGUACUGUAACUUGAAGCCAGAAGCUGAGAUGGUUAUUGAAGAUAACAGACCGGCUGAGUCAUGGCCUGCGGAAGGGGCCAUCUCAUUUAAGAAUUAUGAGACUAAAUACAGAGAAAACUUGGAUCCUGUCUUGAAUAACAUUUCUAUCGACAUUAAACCCAGAGAAAAGAUUGGUAUUGUUGGCAGAACUGGAGCUGGUAAAUCCACUUUAACUUUGGCUGUUUUCCGUAUCAUUGAAGCUACUGGUGGACACAUUGAAAUUGAUGGUGUUGAUACCAGUAAGAUUGGAUUAUUUGACUUGAGAUCUAAGUUGAACAUCAUUCCGCAAGACUCUCAAGCCAUUGAUGGUACUGUGAGGCAGAACUUGGAUCCUUUCGGUAAGCAUACAGAUGAAGAGUUAUGGAAAGUGUUAGAAUUGAGUCACUUGAAAGAGCAUAUCGAGGGAAUGAAGACUGAGAGAAAGGUAGACGAUGAUGAAGAAGAUAAUAGCACCCCUUUGAUUGCCACAGGCUUGAAUGCCAGAAUCGAAGAAGGUGGUGCUAACUUGUCCGCUGGACAAAAACAAUUGAUGUGUCUUGCUAGAGCUUUAUUGAAUCCUUCUAAAGUUUUGAUUUUGGAUGAAGCCACUGCGUCUGUGGACGUUCAAACCGACAAAAUUGUUCAAGAUACUAUCAGAUCUGAGUUUAAUGAUAAGACUAUUUUAACAAUUGCUCAUAGAAUUGAAACAAUUAUGGACAGUGAUAGAAUCUUAGUUCUUGAAAGGGGACAAGUCAAAGAGUUUGAUGCUCCAACUGAAUUGUUGAAGGAUCAAAAUACCAUUUUCUACUCUCUCUGUAAACAAGGGGGACUUGUUUAA